AUGCUCUCCCCUCGUAGAACUUAUGCCUCUCUUAGCAUCGUGAUCGUUCAUGGUUUGCACGGCCAUCCUUACAAGACUUGGAUAUACAAAACGGAGUCUCAAGACCAGCAACAUGAACUGGAGGAAGACGAGGACAACCGGCGCAAAAAGCAAAAGAUAUCACAUCGAGUCAUCCCGUUGUUUAGAGGCAGCAAGUCCGAAAACAAGGAGAUUGAAAGUCAGUCAUCAGAGACACUCGUAUCAGAGACGAAUAUUCAUGCACAGGGCUCGCAGAAAGGAGAAUCAUCAUGUAUCUUUUGGCCUCGAGACCUCCUCCCCAGUGGGUGCCCCAAAGCACGAGUUCUCGUGUUCGGCUACGACAGCAAAGUCACCAAGUAUACCUCUGGUGCGACAAACCAAAACAGUGUCCAUUCUCACAGCAAGGAUCUGUUGUUUGCUCUUAUGCGCGAACGGCCUUCUGGUCGUCGGCUCAUCUUUGUGGCACAUAGCCUGGGUGGCAUAGUUGUCAAAGAGAUGCUUGCGAUAUCCUCCGCUUGGCCAUCGUCUGAGUAUCAGGAUGUGGUCAGGUCGACAUCUGCUGUAGUGUUUCUGGGCACACCCCACAGAGGAAGUCCGGAUCUUGCUUCUUUUGGUGAAUGGGCGCGAUCAUUCAUCAGUGCUUUUCGCAUACAGACAACAUCUGAUAUUCUCGAUGCCCUUGGUAUGAAGAACACAGACCUGGAAAGAGCCCAGGAGGCCUUCUCAGCCGUCUGGCAAAUGUACGACUUUCGCAUCAAGACCUUUCAGGAGGGGUUAGGCUUAAGAGGCAUCAACUUGGGUGUUCUCGGAAACAAGGUAGUGCCGGACAGCUCUUCCCUUAUUGGAGAUUAUCGGGAGUGUGCGGAGACCCUCCAGGCAAAUCACAAGAACAUGUGCCGGUUCUUUGGGCAUGACGAUCCUAAUUAUCGUAAAGUUGGAGGAGAGAUUUGCUCCAUCUACCGAUCCAUCACUGAUUUUGACUCCCGCAACCCUGGACAAAGUGGGCCUAUGGAAGUUGAUUCAUGGGUCAACAUGCCUCCUCAGAGUUCUGUAUCAAAAAUGUCGGGGCAUUGGCCUGAUGAGCAACUGACUGCGAGUGACAAGAAACUUCUCGAGGACCUUUGGUUUCCUGGCAUAGACUUUCGCCAACAGACAGUCGAAAGUCCGGCUGAAGAUACCUGUGACUGGUUGUUCCAAAACGAAACAUACCAGAAUUGGUUUCACAAUACAAAUCAAGAUACGUAUCAGGGUCUUCUUCUUUUAAAGGGCAAGCCAGGGGCUGGGAAAUCGGUUUUGAUGAAAGAGGCGUUCCGACGCAGCUCCAAAGAGCGGUCCCUCUUGGGUGGGAAUUGCGCCACAGCGGCAUUCUUCUUCGAUGCCAAGGGCACUGUGUUGCAAAGAACCCCCGCCGGGCUUUACCGUUCGCUGCUUUACCAACUCUUCCCAAGACUCAGGCGGGGUUUCAGAGAUGUGAGCGACGUAUGGGCUUAUAGAGGUUCUAGUAAAGAUUCGAGUGAGCAGGGAUCUUACCAGUGGUCUACAAGACAACUUGAGGGGAUCUUCGCGUCACUAUUUGACACUGGAAUCCCCUUCGACAUCACGAUCUUUAUCGACGCUCUUGAUGAAUGCCAUACGGAUUGGAUGCGCUCGCAAGCUUAUUUUUGGCGGUUUGCGACUAGACAGGCUCGCAAGAAGGGAUCCCGAUUGAACGUUUGCAUCUCAAUCAGACAGUAUCCCCUCGUCGGCUUUGAAAACUGUGCCGAGGUGAUUGUGGAGCAUCAUAAUGAACACGAUAUUGCCACAUACGUGAAACAGAAGCUCCCAUAUGAUUCUGAGAGGCAAGAGGAGAAAUGGGAAGAAAUCAGGUGCGCAAUCAUCCGAAAGUCGGCAGGGGUGUUCCUAUGGGUGAUUCUCGUGGUCGAGAAAGUCCUGAGAAUGUGGGAUGAAGGCGAACACCCUAAAUAUAUACUUUCGCAGUUGAAAAUUUUGCCCAAGGCCCUGAGAAGCCUGUUCUCACAGCUCUUCGACGACCCAGCCACCGGUUCCAAUGUCUUGGCUGCUAAGUUGUUUCGUUGGGUAAUAUUCGCGGUCAAGCCGCUACGGCUACACGAGUGGCACCACAUUCUAGCAUUUUGUAAACAACCAGGGCUUUCCUCCUUGAAGGAGUGGCGAGAGUCAGACAGCUUCACUGAGAACGACGAGCAGCUUGAAAGGCAAAUCAAGGCCAUAUCAAAGGGAUUAAUCGAAGUGACAGGUCGAUCUGCCGGGUCACAGUGCGACAAUGUCGACUCAAGUUCAAUGCGUGCCGGCGCAGGAUCUCUUGAUUUGGAUGUUGGCGAGACCCGGGUUGUACAGGUCAUUCAUCAAUCCGUCAACGAAUUUUUUGAAAAUGGCGAUGGCUUCGUUAUUCUUCUCCAGGACCCCGCUAUACGAGCCAACUGGAGUCGGGAUGACUUUUUGUUGUGGCGUAAGAGAUACAUGGGAGAGGGCCACCUAUGCAUAAUGAACACGGCGCUGGAUUACAUUUUCAUUAAAGAGUUGGAUGCUCUGGUAAAAGCUCGGAUACGAGCAGAGGACAAUAUUGCCUGCGCUGAACCGACUUUAGCGUCAACAGCAUUGGAAACACACACGGGUUUGUCUGGCGAUGCCGAACCUAGCGGGAGCAAGGCUGUCCAAGAUCUAGAACGAGCCAACUCUGCGAUGCUAAGAUAUAGAACCGGCCUUGAAGCAAGUCUCGACGCUUUACGUGCCGUAGUUCCAUCACCCAAUAUGCCAUAUUUAACCACAGAGCAUGCUGAUGACCGAAUGUCUGUGGACAACGGUGCCAACACCACCACUGGAGAGGGGGAACAGCCAAAGAUGAACAAGGCGAAGCUACUCGAUGGAGCACUCAAGCAUAUUCGGAGACUCGAACAAAGCAUUGCAGGCUUAGAAAGAGGCAAGAAUGAAAUGGAAAAGAGACUUGCCGCCUUCGAAACUUUGUCAAGUGGUAUCGGGGGCCCUUUGCUUGCUGACUCCGGCCAGGUGACCGACAAAGACCAGGAGGCUAUGAGGCGAGAUAGCUCAUUGACAUCGCAACACUGCGAUGACGAUGGUUCCUUGAAAAGGAAGCAUGCAGAACUGGCACUUCCACUAAGGCUAGCUCCGAAACACCCUUUGUCGGAGAUGGCUGGCUCCUGCCAGAGCGUAGAUGGGACGAUUGAUAUUUCUCAAUGGAUCUCGGCGAGCAAAGGAGCCAUCGAUUGUGUAUCGGAUGAUGCUGCAGAGCACGGAUCAACCAAAACGUCGGUCUCCGUACAUACUCAAACUCUUGAUGACCACCCUGCUCUUCUGCUCUAUGUGACAUCAAGUUUUUUCACUCAUGCUUACCUUGCUCAAAAAUACGAUGCGGAUCCCACUAGGAUCGUCAAACGACUUUAUUUAGAAGGUGAUUUGGAUCGGCUGAACAUCCUCCGAGAAGACAGGGGUACAAGUGAAAGCCUUAUUGAGGGCCUUCAAUCCUGGGUCCGGGCCAUAAAAAUAUUGGACAUUGCCUAUAAAGAGGCUCAAGGUCGGGGUACAGCCAGGCGAGAGGUAGCCAGGCGAGAGGUAAAAAGACGAGGCAGUGUCGCCAGCUUUAGUUCUGCAGGCAGCUUUGACUCUGCCAGUGGGCGUUGA